GCCGGUCAGAGGUUCAAAGGUGUUAGUUUUAAGGGGUAGUGAAUAUCGAUGAUUGUUGACGGUUCGGAGUUGUUCAGGAAUUAAAGGCAUGUUGUCGUAUAUUACAUGAAUAUCACAUAUAUUUCGUGUGUUCAUAAUGUACAUCUCAAAUCGAUAUUGUAACGUUAUAGCGAAAUGGUUAGAUGAGAUGUCUUUUCUCCUCAUGAACCCAUGGCUAACAGUUUGUAGUCGUUUCUUUUCAUGCUACAUUUCAACGAUUUUUGAGAAACUACAUCCACAGAUUAAGCUGUUAGAUUAUUUUAUUUUUGGCCCAUUAUAUGCCCUUCUUGUUGUGUUAUUGCUGCCCGUUGGACUGUUUGGAAUAGUGGUUUGGUUAAUUUUAUGUGCAGUUACAAACCAGGAGAAAUAUACAUACGUAUGUGUUGAUGAAAGUACACUAGACAAUAUAGAAGAUGGAUUGAAGAAUUUGGGGACAUAUACUAUGGCAUCAGCAAAUGUACUUCUGGCACCAGAAGCCAUUGCUAGACUAAACAAUAACAAGUGCUCAUAUGGUCGAGCAUCAAAAAUAGCAGAACAAAUCCUGAAUCACACAGGAAAACCUCUUUGCAAUUUGAUGGGGAAAGAUGAAUUUGAGAUAAAUACCAAGUGCAACAGCAUAUUAACUGAGUUUCCAUGCCUUGAUUUCCUCUGUUUGCAAGAAGUUUGGGAACGUUCGUAUGCAUUGGUGUUAAUUGAACAAUUAAAGGAAGAAUUCUUGUAUUUUCUUUAUGACAUUGGAGAUUACUCCUUCAACAAAAAUUUCUGCAUGCUUGGAAGCGGGUUAUUUUUUGCAAGCAAGAAACCCAUUCUUAAUGCUGAUUUUAAUAUCUUCACACGUCGAACUAAACAUGCGAAAUUUACAUCUCAAGGAGUACUGUGUGUCAAGGUGCUGUUGCAUUUUGAUGAAGAUGGCAAUCCCCAUGUUGGUUAUAUUGCUAAUACACACACACAAGCAUUUCAAGGGUCUGAAGUUGUCCUGUUAUCACAGCUUACAGAUAUUUUGAUAUUUGUAUCCCUAUUCAAGGAGCAAAAUACAUUGUCUGAAGAAAUAAUUGACUUUGAUAUUAUUUGUGGUGAUUUCAAUGCUGAUAAUAUGUCUCCAGCCGAUAUGGACGUGCAACAGCAUUCACUGUUUGGAGAAUAUCAGGACGUCUGUGUCGUGAGGGCAGGACAGGACGUGGACUGGGCAAUUGGUACUGAACUGCGGCAGUGUGCAUUAUACCAGCCGGAUAUCCAGAAACCUGCCAAUUUCAGAAAAAUACUAGUGAAUGAUUCCUUAAGAAGGCUGUAUGUCUUGGAUGCAGAUGUUUUGGUACAUUCUAUGCACCUAAUGACAUCAACAGCACAGCCAGGUCCAGCAGGUUAUGUUGAACCCUUACCUUGUGGUGGUAGAAGAAGGGUAGAUAGAAUUCUUUAUAAAGGCUCCACAAAAGAGAUCAUAGGUUACUGCUUUCUCUCUGCUCUCACAAAUCUGACUGAUCAUCUGCCUGUAUGCAUGACAUGGAAACCAGGGGUUUGUCAUGAGUCACAUCUCCAUGUCUGUUAUUGUGAUAUAGACAGUGUCAAGUAACUUCGAACAAGGCCCUGCAUUUCUAGUCAAAUCCCGCGUAUAGCUUGUGGUGGGCGGAGUUUCUUAACACUUGUUCUUCCACUUUCACCGACCUCUUGUGUAUCAUUGAACCUACCCUAUUCUCUUUUCAAAGAACACAUUACAAUAAUACAGAUAUAUUGUCACUCGUCAUGCAAAGAAAAAUACAUUUAAUGUGUAUUACUAAUUUAUGCUUUAUAAUUUAUACCUAUACCCUGAUCUAAUUUCUUACUCGUUAUGUACGAUUUAGCACACAAGGAAACUGACGUUUUUAAACAGAUGAUAGAAAAACCGUAAGUACAACCUGCUUUGAGGGUGCCUUACAAACAACUGGCCGCCUGUCACUUCUCACACCCUUGAACCCACCCCCUUGUCUGAAAUUUUUCUUCUGCGCACUCAAGGUUACUCUUGGCCUUGUUCGAAGUUACGUGACACUUGCUGUAAGAAGGGUGAGUGAAUCUCAGUACAUAAUCCUUUGUCAAGAUUAUUCCUUCUGAAAGUUACUUUUAUGGUGUUGCUGUACAGUUAAAGACAUUUACUUGGUAAAGGAGAUAUCAUUAAAAAGUAAUUUUAUUUUCAUGCAAUAAUGAUGUUCCUGACAUCCUCAAGACUUGUCACAAUAUCAAAUAGCUUUCAGAGUGAGUUGAGCUUGUGAUUGCUUGACUGUACUGUGAGUUGCCACAGAUGGUAUGUAAAUUUGCUGUUGUGUUUCGUAUUAAGUCUGCAGUUGUUAGAAGUCAAAACGUAAAGUAAAACACAGUAUUGCAUAACAGCGGUGUCACAAAACACAUUUUGAUCAAAAACACAGUAUUGCACAACAGUGUCACAAAACACAGUUUGAACAAAUACACAAGAUAAUAGUGAAGACAAUGAAACAUGAAUGAAUUGAACUUACAGUGGGAAGACCUCCCACAACUAAUCAAAAUGUACAAAGGGCAAGAAAUAUA